AUGGCUUCCGUUGCAGAAAUGACUCCUCCCAUCAACCCGACUUCAGCUCCUCGUGGUAGUUCCGUCGUGUGCGAGAGCACUCUCCUGUACAUCAUGGACAGUGACCACGCCGUGUUCAAGCACUUCAAGGUUGCUGUGGGUGUGGAUAACGCCCUCACCGCGUCCAAGGUAUGCGCUUAUUGUGCAUUCAAGUUCAACGGCGGGAUGUACCGGUGCGCCCAGCACAUCACCGGCUGGAACGGCAUGCGGCGUCGUGAAGUGCGCUUGUGCUCCGACGCGCCGAAGUCGGCGCGUGAUGGCAUCAAGGCGGUUUACGAGGACAAGCAGAAGGCCCGCGACAACAAGCGAUCGGCGGAGCGAUCCGCUAUUGCCGCGGUUUCCAACUCUGCGGGCGCGCCAAAAAAGAGUCGCAUGACGGACUUCUACGGCGAUGAAUCUACGUGCGCUAAGAAGGAGGCGGAUGACUCAAUUUGCCUUCUCUUCGCGGCCCUCCGUCUUCCCGAGCAUCAUGCAGACCACCCACUGUGGCGCAACGCGGUUUCCUGCAUCGCACGCGCGGGUGGUUCAUACAUGCCACCGAAGCGACGCUUCAUCGGAGGAGCCGGCCUCCGAAACUGCCGGCAACGCAUCGAGGUCGCUCUCGCGCCGAUCGCCGCAAGCUGGCGCCGUAACGGCGUCACCAUCGCUUCAGACAUGAUGACCGACGCCUCGGGCCGCCCACAAGCAAACGUGCUGCUCAUAAACGACAGCGGUGCCGUCUUCACCGAAGCGGUCGACACACAGAUGGAGAUGAAAACAGGCGGCUACAUUGCGGGGAUGUUGAGGCCGAUCAUUAAAAAGGUGGGAGCCGAGAACGUGGUGGCACUCUGCAUGGAUGGAGGCUCGAACUACGCUGCGGCAUGCCGGGAACUCAUGGUGGAGUUCCCACACCUCGAACAAGUCCCGUGCGCGACCCAUGUCCUCGAUCUCCUCAUGGAGGACAUUGGGAAGAUGAAUUGGGCAAGGGUGGUGGUCACGCGGGCGGCCGAGAUCAUAAACUUCGUUCGUAGCCACCACUUCACGCGUGGCUACUUGCGGAGCCCCCUCGUCAACGACGGCAAAGGCAAGCAGGUUCUCAAGCCUGCGGGGACCCGCUUCGGGACCCAGUUCAUCACGGUCUCACGCCUGGUCGAGCUCCGCAUGUCUCUGCUGCAGAUGGUCUUGAGCGAGGAAUGGCGGCCUUGGGCGACAGGGGGAAGGAGGGCGAGCGCGGAGGUGUUUCACGGGUACAUCCUCGACUCGGAAUGGUGGAAGGUGGCCGAAUUCUUCACGGUGCUGAUGGAGGCUCCCUUCAAGGUGAUGCGCGCCACGGACGGCACCGCCAAAGGGAUGAUGGGGCGGCUUUACGACUUGAUGCUGCAGCUCACCGAGGAUGUGCACGACAUCCUCGAGGCGAAGGGCGACGAGUUCCUGACGCGGGGGGAGAUGGGGGAGAUCAGGAAGAUUGUGAAGGCAAGGUGGGAUGAGGGUUUGGCAUGCCCCAUGCAUGUGGUUGGCCGAAUUUUAAACCCGGCCAACCAGGAGGAGGGCAUUUUCCGCAACGACGUGGAGUGCACCCGUGUUCUGAAAGCCUACAUCUCCAAGCACUACGACGAUUUCACCAUCACAAGCAAGGAUGGUGAAGAGCGUCGUGCCUCCCUUGUCUUGCAGGAAGGGCUCACGGCAUUCCUGAACCUGGAGGGGAGUUUCGGCAUGCCUGCAGCGAUUGCUGAUCGCGAAGCUGUGAAAGCAGGGACCCACACUGCUCUCCAGUGGUGGGAGUGGCACGGGACGGACUACCCUCACUUGGCGACGCUCGCAUGCCGCUCGCUCACGCAGCCCGGGUACAAGGUGGCAGAAGAGGGGUGGGAGGAGGAGGCGGACCAGGGGGAGGAUGUCAUCAUGAACGAUGAGUAUGAGUAG